GAAUCAAAAAAAAGUAUCAUUGUUCUUCAUAUUUUUCUCUCCUACCUUGUUUUCUCACAUGGUAUCAGAGCUGUUGAGCUCUUUUACCUCUUUUCACUUUUUGAUUUUUUGCUUCUAGUUUGCGCUGACAAUAUUGUGAUCUACUGUUGUUUUCGUCCAGUAUUGUUUCGGGUUUCUUGUUCUUGCUUCGAUUGUGUCUGAUGUUCCUGGCCAGCAUUGUGUGUUCAGAAUUGCUUUUUGGCAGCUAGCUGUUACUGUCCAGAUCUACAUCAGUCUCUUUUGAUUCGGUUAGAUUUCUUUACAUAAUAUCUUUAUUUUUUCAUGGAGAAAUAUGAUAUUUCACACCCAAUUUCAACUACUCUCAAUGGCUCAAAUUACAUACUUUGGGCUCAAAGUAUGCGUAGUUCUUUAAAGGUUCGAAAAUUAUGGUGGUAUAUUAUUGGUGACAUUACACUUCCACAGAAGGUUGCUGAUGAGAUAGAUAAGAAUUUGGACGGUAUGAAACAGUUAAGGAAGUGUGGGAUUUGCUUGCAGAAAGAAUCAACUUUCAACGACAUUGCUGAUAUUGGGAAGUACAUUGAGUAUUGUGACAAAAUGAGAUCUAAUCUAUGGAAGACCCAAUCAAAGCCUGAUCAGUCUUCCAAGCCUGUGGUUGCUGCAGCUAUUGCUAAUCAGGAUACCUCAGUCCAUCCUUCGAUUGGUAAUCUAGAAACUCUUUUUAGACAAAUGAUAUCAUCUUCCUCUACAUCUACUGCCAUGCUUACCAUCCUAGGAUCCACAGACGGGAUAGAUUCUUGGGACAGGUCGUAAAGUUGGACGUUUGUUUGAGCUCACCUCCUUGCACAUCCCUUCUAGUUACAUUUCGCAGUUGUGUGCAAUCUCAACAUCUUCCUUUUUACACUUGUGGCAUCUUUGUCUUGGUCAUGCCUCUAUUAGUAAACUUCAUCCUUUAAUUCAAAAUGGGUCUUUAGGUUUUGUUAAAGAAGAGUAUUUGCAUUGCGUCUCAUGUCAAGUUGCUAAAUAGCCUGCUUUAUCUUUUAAUAAAAGUGAUUCCAUUUC